UGGGUUCACAGCUGGUUGCACCUCACAGCCCGCUGUACAGUCACAGAAAGCUUCCAAGCAUGGUUAAAUGACGAUCAGAGUUAGAAAGUGGGCAUCAGAGGCCAGUGUUGACCGGCACUAUGAGUGCUCUGCGCGCCUUUUUGGCGUUUCUCGCCUUCACCUCUGCGGCAGCAAAACCCAACGCUGGUUUGAAAACGUGGGGUCGUUUCAGUAAGCUGCCCUAUCCAGGAGACGAGGCUUUCCUCUAUGAUACCUUCCCAAAGGACUUCAUAUGGGCGGUGGGCACGGCGGCGUACCAGGUGGAGGGCGCGUUCGACAAGGACGGCAAGGGGCUCUCCAUUUGGGACACUUUUACGCGCGGUGGGAACCGGAUGACCACCGGGGACGUCGGCAGCGACAGUUAUCACAACAUCCACGCCGACAUCCGUGCCAUCAGGCAGCUGGGGGUCAGCCACUACAGGUUCUCCCUGUCCUGGUCCAGGAUAUUUCCCAACGGCACCCGCGGGAGUUACAACGAAAUCGGCACCAACUACUACCGGACGCUGAUCAAGAGGCUGAAGGAGAUCCGCGUGCAGCCGGUGAUCACGCUCUCCCACUGGGACCUGCCCGACCACCUGCAGCAGACCCUUGGCGGCUGGAGCAACCCGGAGCUGGUGGGGAUUUUCAAGGACUACGCUGAUUUCUGCUUCCAGACUUUCGGGGAUGAUGUGAAGUACUGGAUCACCAUUGAUAAUCCGUUUGUGGUGGCGUGGCACGGGUACGGCACCGGAGUGGUCGCUCCCGGGAUCAAGAAUGACCCUGAUCUCCCAUUCCGGGUUGGACACAUUCUCCUAAAGGCUCAUGCAGCUGCGUGGCAUCUCUAUAACCGCCACUACCGACCCCGUCAGCAGGGCAAGGUGUCCAUGGCGCUGGCCUCUCACUGGAUCAAGCCCAGUCGCACCCGCUUGGAAAGCCUGCGAGAGUGCCAGUGCUCCCUGGACCACGUCCUGGGCUGGUUCGCCCGGCCUCUGUUCACAGACGGAGACUACCCUCCCUGCAUGAAGGCGAGGCUGGGCUCACGGCUGCCCUCCUUCACCCCGGAGGAGAGGGCGCAGGUGAGAGGGACGGCUGACUUCUUUGCCCUCUCUCACGGAGCGGCCCUGAGCUUCCAGCUCAUCAAUGACAGCCUGAAGUUUAGGCAGCAGGAGCUCCUGGACCUGAGGAUGCUGCUCUACUGGGUCAACGCUGAGUAUGACAAGCCGCCCAUCUUCGUGGUGCAGAGUGGCUGGUACGUCCUCGGCAAUACCAAGACAGAAGACCCAAAACACAUGUACUACCUCAAGAGGUUCAUCGCAGAGGCACUGAAAUCAAUCGUCAUAGACGGCGUGAACGUGAUUGGAUACACCGCCUGGUCUCUGAUGGACGGCUUCGAGUGGCACAGGGAAUACGGGAUACGACAGGGACUUUACUAUGUUGACUUCAACACUCCUGACAUGAAGAGGGAGCCAAAGACAUCUGCCACCUUUUACAGAAACGUCAUCCAGAAGAACGGAUUCCCAGAGCUUCCAGAGAACAGACCAGCACAGGGAAUCUUCCCGUGUGAUUUUGCUUGGGGAGUAUCGGCCAACUCCAUACAGGUGGAGACCACACCCAGCCAGUUUGCAGACCCCAGUGUUUACUUGUGGAACAUCUCCAACAACGGGGAGCUGAUGAGGCUGGAGGGCCUCAGUGCGCCACCUUUACGUCGAAACACACACUGUGCUGAUUACGCCACCAUUCGGCAACAGGUGGAUGAAAUCCGGCAGGUGGGGGUAAACCACUUCCACUUCUCCCUCAACUGGUCCGCUGUGGUGCCUACAGGUGAUGUGGCUCAUCCCAACACCACCCUGCUGGGCUACUACCGCUGCUUCACCCAUCAGCUGCUGCAGGCCAAUGUCACUCCUGUGGUUACGCUGUGGCACCACACACGCCUGCGCAGCAGCCUGCCGGCACCCCUGGAUACCGCCAACAAGUGGCUGAACAGGAAGACUCCAGAGGCGUUUGCAGACUACGCCAGGCUUUGUUACAGAGAGCUGGGCGCCCAUGUGAAGAUAUGGAUCACCCUGAAUGAACCCAAUGAUGAGGUGGUGAGCUACCAGGAGGGUCAUCAGAUGCUGCGGGCGCACGCUCUGGCCUGGCAUGUUUAUGACCGCAAGUUCAGACACACACAGGGAGGAAAGGUGUCUCUGGCUCUGCACAUGGACUGGGUGGAGCCGGCGUUUUCAUUCAGCCGCGAAGACGUCGAACCAGCCAAAAGGGUGUUAGACUUCCGUGUUGGCUGGUUUGCAGAGCCGAUCUUUGGCAGCGGGGACUAUCCUCUGGGCAUGAGGAGCUGGCUGCGUCAGCUCAACUCACUUGACCUGCCUGUGUUCAAUGAGGAGGACAGACAGCUGGUUAAAGGGACGUAUGACUUCUUUGCCAUCAGUCACUUCAGUACCAAGUUGGUGACACACGCCAAGGAAGACUCGUACACCUACACAGCCAUGCUCGAGGUCCAGCACAUGAUAGACACCACUUGGAUCAAGUCCCCGAGGCCUGUUGUGCCCUGGGGUCUGAGGAAAGCACUCAACUGGGUGAGGGAGCACUACAGUGAUGUACCUGUGUAUGUGAUGGCUAACGGGGUCCAGGAAGACCCAGCACGCUUCAAAGACAGCCUCAGAGUCUACUACCUGUACAACUACAUCAACGAGGCGCUGAAAGCGUACAUUCUGGACGGUGUAAACCUGAAGGGUUACUUCGCUUACGCCCUGAGUGACCAAAGGGACCCUGGGUUCGGCCUGUACGGCCACGUCCACGAAGAGGUCAUCAUCAUCAAGGCCUCUCUCUCCAACUAUCGCAACAUUAUCGAGCACAACGGCUUCCCCAUUCAGGGAGCAGCGCCCCAGCAGUGUCCCAGCAUGCCUCAGCCCUGCCUCGGCUGCCAUGUGCUGGUCAAGAGGCCUGUGGUGGGCUUCUUGGCUCUGGUAGGUUCAGGGGUGCUGAUCACCCUGGGCCUCAUUAUCUACUACACAGCCAAGAGACACAAGGAGUGUUACUGAGGUUUUUUCUUUUUAUAAAUGAAUCAAGGAAAAAAUAA